AUGAAGGCGGAAAACUACCCUCCAGGACGUUUGAUGAUAUCUCAAAGCAUGAAUACAGCUGAUGCAAGUAAAGGUCACGGCAGUGGCACUACCGGCUUAAAGAGGUUAAUCAGCCAGAUUGACGCCCCUCUGCCGCCUAGCAAGCGACCCUGUUUGAUAUCUCUGACGAAGGCCGACACUAAUGUUCUACAAAAUCGAGUGCAUCGGCGUGUCAUUCUUCGUGAUUAUGGGAAGCCGAUUUACAUGGCUAGCUCCCCAGCAGCUCUACUCAACGCGCUGAAGGAUUGCAUUGAAGGAUAUGAGUCGUUGCAUAAGGCCGGCUUCCUCCACAGAGAUAUUUCAAUCAACAACCUCAUGAUUAAUGAAGACAAAGAGAACCCUUCCUGGCCUUCGUUCUUGAUCGACCUGGACCUUGCGAUCAAAGAAACACGGGGGGGGGGACUUCUGGCACCAGAGGAAGGACUGGACCAAACGGAUGAGCCAAAAAGGAUGAUCGGAGCAUGGACUUGGUAUUCGAGCUCAGAUAUUGUCGAGCUUAGCUUCCAAGUCUCGGAAGGAUGUGAUAAAGUCCUGCUGUUACUUUUAGCAGCCGCUGCAAGCCAUAGUGUGAAUCCACGAGCCUGUGAUAUCAACUGGGUGACCAGCUGA